GAACAAAGAUAAGUGAGCGUUGGUAGGGGCCUUAACUGAAGAAAUUCAUAGGCUACUCGAUUUCGGCGAGGCAGUUUGAUACCAGCGGUGAAUGAAUCCGACUUACAGGCGCGAUCUUCAAACGGAAUUCGAGUUUAUGCGACGGGUAUACAGUGUGUGAGCAAAUAAAGGGACGCUUGUGAAUAUUGUGUACGUUUUUUCGAUAGCGACGUCAAAAUGAUACCACGACCAAGAUGUAAAAUUAGGACUUUAGUAUUUAUUUGUGUAGUGGUGUUCCUAUUAGUACAAUUAGCAUCUGCAGAAAGAGAAAGAGCAACGAGAAGAAGACUGCGCAGGCCUGUCAAGUCAGUGUCCCAUUCCGUGUCAGUAUCCAAAGACCAAGCAGUAUCAUCUAGCAUAAGUAAGUUGAGAAGGACGAGGCCUGGACAUAGAAAAGCCCACGACAACGCCGUCAGUUCCUCCAGUCCCAAGAAAGAGAAGGAUGGAUACAAGGUGGUCUGUUACUACACCAACUGGUCGCAAUACAGAGUCAAAAUCGGUAAAUUUACCCCGGAAGAUAUCCUUCCAGAUCUAUGCACUCACAUCAUCUUCGCCUUUGGUUGGUUGAAGAAAGGAAAGUUGUCUUCGUUUGAAAGUAACGAUGAGACGAAAGAUGGGAAAGUUGGAUUGUACGAGAGGAUACAUAAGCUGAAGAAAGCCAAUCCUCAUUUGAAGACUCUCCUGGCUAUUGGUGGUUGGUCGUUUGGUACUCAGAAGUUCAAGGAUAUGUCAGCAACGAGAUACACAAGGCAAACCUUCAUCUACAGCGCUAUUCCAUAUUUGAGGCAAAGGGGAUUUGAUGGUUUGGAUAUGGACUGGGAGUACCCCAAGGGGUCUGACGACAAGAAGAACUUUGUUUUGCUGCUUAAAGAACUACGCGAAGCCUUCGAAGCAGAGGCCCAAGAGAUAAAAAAGAACCGGCUUCUCCUUUCUGCCGCCGUCCCCGUAGGUCCAGACAACAUCAAAGGCGGUUACGACGUACCAGCAGUGGCCUCCUACCUCGACUUCAUCAACCUCAUGGCUUACGACUUCCACGGAAAAUGGGAACGAGAAACCGGCCAUAACGCUCCUCUUCAUUCCCCCAGCAGCGACAGCCAGUGGCAGAAACAGCUGAACAUCGAGCACGCCGCUAGUUUGUGGGUGAAACUGGGUGCACCCAAGGAGAAGAUGGUCAUCGGUAUGCCUACCUACGGUCGGUCCUUCACGCUGUCUGAUACUAGCAAGCAUGGAGUCCACGCUCCGGCUAGUGGUGGUGGUAAGGAAGGGACCUACACCAAGGAGUCUGGGUUCUUGGCGUACUACGAGAUCUGUGAAAUGCUUCAAAACGGAGCAACUUAUUAUUGGGAUGAAGAGAUGAAGGUACCGUACCUCGUGGAUGGAGAUCAAUGGGUAGGAUUCGAUGAUGAGAAGUCUAUCAGGCUCAAGAUGAAGUGGGUUAAAGAUAAUGGAUAUGCUGGGGCUAUGGUGUGGACUGUUGAUAUGGACGAUUUCACGGGGACAGUUUGUGGAGGCAGUGUCAAAUAUCCUUUGAUUGGGGCUAUGAGAGAGGAACUGAGAGGUAUAUCCAGAGGCAAGGACGCCAAAGACAUGGACUGGCAGAAGAUCGCUGGACCCUCCGAGUCCGAGGAAGAGGAAGAAGAAGAGGAAAAAGAGAAACCUGCUCCGAUAAAGAUUGCCGUGUCUGAAGUAUUGAAAAGAGCGAGAAAACCUACCAACAAGAAGAGCGUUAGUCCGAAGAGAGUGAGCAAGAAAGUUCGACCGCCACAAGUCUUCUGCUACAUGACCAGCUGGUCCCAGAAACGCCCAUCAGCAGGAAAAUUCUCCCCAGAAGACAUAAACCCCAACCUAUGCACCCAUAUUGUUUACGCUUUCGCCACCUUGACGGAACACAAGUUGGCAGAAGCCAGCAAAAAGGACCCGGAUAUGUACGAGCGGGUGGUUGCUCUCAGAGAAAAGAACGAAGAUCUGAAGGUACUUCUAGCUAUCGGAGGAUGGGCAUUUGGUUCCACUCCCUUCAAAGAAUUGACCAGCAACGUCUUCAGGAUGAACCAGUUCGUGUACGACGCUAUCGACUUCCUCAGGGAGUUCAAAUUCAAUGGGUUGGAUGUGGACUGGGAAUACCCUAGAGGUGCUGAUGACAGAGCUGCUUACGUCAACCUCCUCAAAGAGCUGCGCCUUGCUUUUGAAGGUGAAGCUAAAAGCAGUGGCCAACCGCGUUUGCUACUGACAGCUGCUGUCCCAGCUUCGUUCGAGGCCAUAGCAGCUGGUUACGACGUACCUGAAAUAGCCAAGUACCUAGAUUUUAUAAACGUCAUGACUUACGACUUCCAUGGUCAGUGGGAGAGGACUGUUGGACAUAAUUCGCCUUUGUUCCCAUUAGAAAGUGCCACCAGUUACCAGAAGAAACUCACAGUGGAUUACUCUGCGCGGGAAUGGGUAAAACAGGGAGCCCCUAAAGAAAAACUCAUGAUUGGAAUGCCGACCUAUGGUCGCAGUUUCGAACUGGUCAACGUCACCCAGUUCGAUAUUGGAGCUCCUGCAAGUGGUGGUGGAACUCCGGGAAAGUACACUGCAGAAGCUGGAUUCAUGAGUUUCUAUGAGGUCUGUGAGUUCUUACACGAAGAUAACACCACACUGGUGUGGGACAACGAGCAGCAAGUACCCUUCGCUUAUAGAGGGAACCAGUGGAUUGGUUUUGAUGAUGAGAGGAGUUUGAAGACAAAGAUGGCCUGGUUGAUGGAAGAAGGUUUCGGUGGCAUCAUGAUCUGGUCCGUUGAUAUGGACGACUUCAGAGGAUCUUGUGGUAGCGGAAAAUACCCCUUGAUCAACGCCAUGAGGCAAGAACUGGAAGGCUAUAAAGUCAAAUUGGAAUACAGUGGACCAUAUGAAACUACCAUCAGUUCUGGGCAAUACACUACAAAGAAUCCUAAUGAGGUGACUUGCGAUGAAGAAGACGGUCACAUCAGUUAUCACCCAGACAAAGCAGAUUGUAAGAUGUACUAUAUGUGUGAGGGAGAGAGAAAACACCACAUGCCCUGUCCCACGAAUCUGGUCUUCAAUCCAGACCAGAACGUGUGUGAUUGGCCUGAAAACGUAGAGGGGUGUAUGCAGUUCACACCAGCGCCCCCACCAAGUCGAUAAUCUACUGAUUUAAGAGUGUAGAGAUUGUAAAAGUAGAGUGAAUACUUUGUAAAAUAAUCCAACGUUGGAAGGUACAAUUUUACGCACAUAACUUUCUGUAAUAGGUUUAUCCCACUCCUGAUUUUGCAAUAUUAGUUAUGAUUAUUCUGCGGGAAUCAUCACAAAUUCUACUUAGGAAAAUUGUACCGCCUACUGAGAUUAUUUUCAAAAGUGCUGAUACCUGCUAUUUAACUUUUUUGUACACGGUUGUGAAAUUUGAAUUCUUUAUUCGUUUUAGUACAAAAAGGUUGGCAACUGUACAUAGUGACGUCUUAUUUCAUUUGAAUCAUGAGGAAGGUCUAAAAACGGAUGUAAUGUAACAAACACUGCUGUAAAUUUUUAGCACUGCCAUAAAAAGACAUAUUUUUGUAUAAUUUUACCUGGAACUUUUAAAUUGUGUAAUUUAGUCGAUGCCGAAAGGUAUUUUUCGCUUUAAAGUCCCAGUUAACCUUAUUGGUUAGGUUGUCGUAAUUAUAAAUUAUAUUAGCUUUAAGGAAAAGCAUAUUUUUAUAUUAUACAUUUUGUAUAUUAUAUAUUUUAUAUGUGUA